AUGGAAUCAGCUAAUGUGGUAAUAAAUGACUCCUCUAUAUUGCAGGUUGAAACAAGCCAUGAAGAUACAGAUCUAGAAACUCACGAAUUUGUUGAUGUUAUUGAUAUUGAUUUCAAGGAUUGUAAUCAGCCUUUCAAUCCUGUGAUACGCAGACCUAGUGCUAAACAAGUUCAAAAAGAUCACUCAUUCUCUGACAUUAUUAGAAAUGUUGAUGAAAAAUUGAGAACUCAAAAACAAGUCUGUGCUGAGGUAACCAAUUUAUGUUAUGUAUCCUUAGUCAAACCUAAAAGUGUGACAGAUGCUCUUGCAGAUAAUGAUUGGAUAUUGGCCAUGCAAGAGGAGUUAAAUCAAUUCAAAAGAAAUUAUGUGUGGUAUCUUGUUCCAUGUCCUAAAGACUCAAAUGUAAUUGGUACUAAGUGGAUUUUUCAAAAUAAGACAGAUGAGAAAGGGCAAAUUAUGCACAACAAGGCUAGACUUGUUGCCCAAGGUUAUACUCAAAUUGAAGGUUUGGAUUUUGAUGAGACUUUUGCUCCGGUUGUGCGUUUAGAAUCUGUUCGGGUUGUUGCUGUCCAUUGA